UUCCCCACAAAUACCAGUUUUCUCCGUAUAUUCAAAUUUCUCAAUUCCUUCGUGUGGGAAAAGGUGAAAAGAAAGAUCCUUUCCAUCAUCACUGACAGGACGGGAGGAGAACAGUAAUUGGGCCUCAAAGUUUCGAAAACCGAAGAUCGCCUCUUCAAUCUCUCACGCGGUAUAGCAUCAAAAAGUAGAUGGGGCGACAGCGAUUAGAGAAAUAACAGUUUCUGGAUCUCCCGUUCGCUGUCUUCCAUGGCGAGACCAUCAUGGUUGGUAGAUAGCAAUAGAAUUGCAACAAAAAUUAAGAGUGCAUCUGGGACAAGCAAUCCUCGAAGUGUUGAAUGGAAAAGCAACCCCAGCAGAAGUUGUCCGAAUUGCCAACAUACCAUUGAUAACAGUGAUGUUGCUCAAGAGUGGCCAGGACUACCUAGGGGUGUAAAAUUUGAUCCUUCUGAUCAAGAAAUUAUAUGGCAUUUACUAGCCAAAGUUGGUAUUGGUGGUUCAAAGCCCCAUCCCUUCAUUGAUGAGUUUAUACCAACUGUUCUUGAAGAUGACGGCAUAUGUUAUACCCAUCCUCAAAAAUUACCAGGUGUUAAGCAAGAUGGCAGUGUAUCCCACUUCUUUCACAGAGCAAUCAAGGCAUACAACACUGGAACUCGAAAGCGUAGGAAGAUAACCGAUGAUGAUUUUGGAGAUGUUCGCUGGCAUAAGACUGGAAGGACAAAACCUGUGGUCAUCAAUGGGGUUCAGAAAGGGUGUAAGAAGAUUAUGGUUCUAUACAUGAGCUUUGUCAGAGGAGGCAGAGCUGAGAAAACCAAUUGGGUUAUGCACCAAUAUCACCUAGGGACAGAGGAAGAUGAGAGGGAUGGAGAAUAUGUCCUUUCCAAAAUAUUUUUCCAGCAACAAAAUGUCAAGCAGGGUGAAGUUACUGAACAGGAGAUUCCUGAAAUCAUUGAUGCCGUAAAAGUUGAUCCCCGCACUCCAAAGUCUGUGACUCCUGAGCCUCCUCGCAUUGAAAGUAGAUCUGCGGAUGUUGAUCCGGAACCAGAUUCUGUUAUCACUUCCACAAGUACCCUUCCUCAGGUUCCACCUGAAUUCGAGAAGUUAGACAAUCCCGAUAUCGUCAAGCUAGAUGGUUGUUCUGAUGAAGUGAUCGACGAUAAUGAAAAUCAGCUUGAGGAAGAACCAAAAUGGUGGGAAGGAGAGUCACAGAACAUAUUAGACUCCCAACAGCUUGUGGAAGCAUUGUCUCUGUGUGACGAUCUUCUUCAGAGCCAGUCUCCCCCUAGGGAAGGGAACUCCACCAAUGGCGCAUCGGGGAGCAAGUCUUGUCUUUCCGAAUACGCAAAGUUAGGACCAGAGGAUUUAAAGAAGGAUCUAGAGGAGUGCCAAAAUCUCGUCCUUGAUCCAGCAAACAUCGAACUCGACACGCCUCCAGAGUUUCGACUUAGCCAGCUUGAUUUUGGAUCACAAGAAAGCUUCUUGGCCUGGGGAGGUAAGGUGGUAGAGUAAGAAUGUGGUGCCAGAAUUUUGUUUGUGCUGCAAUCGAUUAACAUUCAUUCUGUUUCACAAAGCUCGAAAGUGACGAUAUAUAUUUUUUUUGGCGACGAGCUGUGACCGUGAUAUGCAGCACAAAAGUGGCAGCUAUGUAAAGAAAACUGCAUCUGUAAACUCAUGUUUGAACUUUGUUUAAACGCUUAGAACAGAAGAGAGUGAAAACUGGAAACUGAAAACUGAAAAGUGGAUUGUGUUGUGUGUGAAGCUUGAACUUUAUUGACUAGAAGAAGACGACAUUUAUAGAA